UAACAUGCAGUUUGGAAUAUUGAUUUAGCAGUAAUUAAAGAUGUGAUGCUUGCCUUGUUUUCUGAACAGAACUAAUACAGUAUUUUGAUGUAUCACAGGUAAAUUUUUCCAUAACCUUAUGGAGAAAAAGGACUUUGAAGCAUGGCUUGAUAACAUUUCUAUUACAUUUCUUUCUCUGACGGACUUGCAGAAAAAUGAAACUCUGGAUCACCUGAUUAGCUUGAGUGGAGCAGUCCAGCUCAGGCACCUCUCCAAUAAUCUAGAGAUUCUCCUCAAGAGGGACUUCCUCAAACUGCUUCCGCUGGAACUUAGUUUUUAUCUGUUAAAAUGGCUCGAUCCUCAGACCUUACUCACAUGUUGCCUCGUCUCUAAGCAGUGGAAUAAGGUUAUAAGUGCCUGUACAGAGGUAUGGCAAGCUGCAUGUAAGAAUUUAGGCUGGCAAAUAGAUGACUCUGUUCAGGAUCCUCUACAUUGGAAGAAGGUUUACCUAAAGGCUAUAUUAAGGAUGAAGCAAUUGAAGGACCAUGAAGCCUUUGAGACAUCCUCUUUGAUUGGACACAGUGCCAGAGUAUAUGCACUUUACUAUAAAGAUGGACUUCUGUGUACAGGAUCAGAUGACUUGUCUGCAAAACUGUGGGAUGUAAGCACAGGUCAGUGCAUAUAUGGUAUCCAGACGCAUACUUGUGCUGCAGUGAAGUUUGAUGAACAAAAGCUUGUCACGGGAUCUUUUGAUAACACAGUAGCCUGUUGGGAAUGGAGCUCUGGGGCCAAGAUGCAGCAUUUUAGAGGACACACAGGUGCAGUUUUUAGUGUGGAUUACAAUGAUGAACUGGAUAUUCUGGUCAGUGGCUCUGCAGACUUCACAGUGAAAGUAUGGGCUUUAUCAACAGGAACAUGUCUGAAUACCCUUACUGGACACACAGAAUGGGUCACUAAGGUAGUUUUGCAAAAGUGCAAAGUCAAAUCUCUUAUGCACAGUCCUGGGGAUUAUAUUCUUCUAAGUGCAGAUAAGUAUGAAAUCAAGAUUUGGCCUAUUGGAAGGGAAAUAAACUGCAAGUGCUUAAAAACAUUAUCUGUUUCUGAAGAUCGCAGCAUCUCCUUGCAGCCCAGACUGCACUUUGAUGGUAAAUACAUAGUCUGCAGCUCAGCUCUAGGAUUGUACCAGUGGGACUUUGCCAGCUAUGAUAUUCUCAGGGUUAUCAAACCUCCUGACUUCUCAAAUGUGUCCUUGCUGGGCUUUGGAGAGAUAUUUGCUCUACUGUUUGAUAACAGAUACUUGUAUAUAAUGGACUUGAGGACAGAAAAACUGCUCAGUCGCUGGCCUCUACCAGAGUAUAGAAAGUCUAAGAGAGGUUCAAGCUUUUUGGCUGGUGAAAUGUCUUGGUUGAAUGGACUAAAUGGCCAAAAUGAUACAGGCUUGGUUUUUGCCACCAGUAUGCCAGACCACAGUAUCCAUUUGGUAUUAUGGAAAGAACAUGGCUGAAAAGAUCACACAUGGCAGAAUCUUCGGGAAUAUAUGGACUAUCAGCUGUGUGUCCACAAAAUAAGAAUUUGCAUGAACCAAAGUUGGACACCUAAUGGUAUCAUCAUGCAAUGCACAAUCACUUUUAUUUGAGCAUUUGGGGUUGUUUUCGAUGUAAUGCAACACAGCAUGCUAACAGUAUUUACCACUAAAUUUUGUCUGUACUCAUGUUGAAGCAUACUUAUUUGGGCUCUGAAACAUAGCUUGUAAAGUUUAAACCUCUCAAAUUCACCAUCAAAUCUAAAAUGAAGUAAUGUUUGACUUGACUUUUGCCCUUUUUUUUUUCUUUUUGAAACAGAAAGUGAAGCUACUAUUUUAGAACAAUAGACUUUUGUACCUGUAACAAAAAAUACUGGCUACAGUGUGUGGCUGUUAAACGAGAACACCCUCUCUCUCUCUCUCUCUUUCACUCUAGUAUCAAUCUCUUCAAGACAUUUUGUUUUCCUUAUAAUAGCUUUCAAUGCUUAGCCUAUGAAAUUGAAGAAUUGGUUUAAUCCUUUAACUAAGAUCAGAUGCCAACAAUAAUAACUUGUCUGAAGUCAGUAGUACACUGAUGCAAGCUUUCUUCAUUAGAAUGAGCCAGCGUU